UUUUCUUUGCGACAACCAUAGCGACAACGUUUCUCUUUUUUUGGGCCAACUCAUCGGUCUUUUUGACACUGAAUUAUGUUUGUUUUCACAUUUUAAAAGUUAUGAAUUGUGAAUUAACUACUGGAUAAUAAUAGAAAAUACAAUUUCUGACAUGGAGGUGCACUAUCUCGUAUUGUUUUUGAGCGUUUUAUGGCACGGCUGCGACUGUCUAACGUGGAGCCUAGUGCCGAAUACCCAAAAGUGUCUGAAAGAAGAAUUGCACGCUAACGUGCUCGUCGCUGGAGAAUAUGCGGUAACAGAAGUCGGCGGUCAAAGAGUUGACUAUAUUGUACGUGAUUCGAAGGGCCACAUACUGGCGACAAAAGAUCAUGUCACAAAAGGAAAGUUCACAUUUGUGACUGAAACAUAUGACACAUUCGAAGUCUGUUUCAUAUCAAAAGUACCCUCAGACCACAGAGGAGUGCCACAAGAUGUAUCUUUGGACAUCAAAGUAGGCAUUGAAGCAAAGAAUUAUGAAGGCAUAGCUGAAGCUGCCAAAUUAAAGCCCAUGGAGAUGGAACUAAAGAGAUUAGAAGAUUUAUCAGAAGCGAUUGUUCAGGACUUCACUUUGAUGAGGAAGAGAGAGGAAGAGAUGAGAGACACUAAUGAGUCGACAAAUAACAGAGUGCUGUUCUUCAGUGUGUUCUCAAUGAUCUGCCUUCUAGGACUAGCCACGUGGCAGGUCCUCUAUCUUCGCAGAUACUUCAAAGCCAAAAAACUCAUUGAAUAACAUUAUUUUUAUACUAGAUAUAGUCACACUGGGUAAGAGAUAAUAUUUGUUCUUCAAACUUUACCCAGUUUACAGAUUAACAUAAAGUGUCAAGUUUAUUUAUGUCAAAAAUAAAGAUAUUCAAGGAUGAGUGAUACUGACCUCUGAGUCCAUUCAUGAUUUAAAAACAAAGAAAUGCCAGUAAAGGCUGUUAAUAACUAUUUCACUCAAGGCAUUUCUUUCAAUUUUUAAAAACUUGCUAUUCACAACAGAAUAAGAAAAUGACAACAGUAAUAUUGGUAGUCUAUUCAUCAUAUAAAACAUUUAGAAGGUCCACCUUUUAAAGAUAAUGUAUAAAAAAAUAAUAAAGAUUUGUACAAAUAUAAUUCAAAUUGCAGUGGCAU